UGACGUUUUUAUGUGCAGCGAUUCGGUUCGGUUUUUCUCGACAUGGCGUAGUGGAUAAAAAACACGCUCUAACCGCAAAGCAAAUUCAAAAUCUAUUAUAACACUUGAUUAAAUUGAAAUUAUUUAUGAUGUGCAAACUAUUAAGUUGGCCUCUGAUAUUGCUAUCGAUCUUGGCCAAUACAGUGCUAAGUUUACCGCCAUCCGCCAGAGAAAGUCAUCCCUAUUAUCCGGCUGGUGUGGAUUUAUUCGAGCACGAAUUCACCAGUCUGACAUCAGACGAAUACGAUCCCUUUGGACCGGAUAUUGGCAACGAUGAUCUGGGCAUCGAUGAUCCCGAGACGAUGCCACGCCUCUUUCAGGGCGACAUCGCUAUAGAUCCCUACACCUACAUCUCCCUCCGCCUGGGGGUGAAUCCCAUGCGACAUCCCAAACGUCUGUGGCCAAAUGGCACGAUUCCCUUCGAAAUCAGUCCGCGAUACGUGGACCAGGAACGGGAUGCGAUUGUACGCGCUUUGAAAACAUUUAAUUCACUCACCUGCAUACGAUUUGUGCCCUACGAUGGUGAGGUGGAGGAUUAUCUGCUGAUCGAACCGCCCGAGGAGGGGCCCCAAGGCUGUUGGUCGUAUGUGGGCAAGCGUGGUGGGGAGCAGGUUGUGGCGCUGCAGCGACCAGAUGAGACAAGUGCGCAUUGCUUUAGCAGCGAGGGACGCAUUAUGCAUGAGCUGAUGCAUGCGAUUGGCAUUUAUCACGAACAGUCGCGCGCUGAUCGUGAUAAUUAUGUCAAAAUAUACUGGGACAAUAUUGUGCCGCGAUUUAAGAAAAAUUUCAAGCUCGUGUCGCGGAAACGCGGCAAAUACACAUUCGAUUACGAUUACAAUUCGGUGAUGCAUUACGGCGAAUUCUAUUUUAGCAAGAAGAAGGGCGAGAAACCGACAAUGACGCCGUUGCAGCCGGGUGUGCGAAUUGGACAGCGAAAGACGAUUAGUAAAAUUGAUUGUCUGAAGAUUAACGACUUGUAUGGCUGUUUGGAGGGAAGACGCGCCAAAAUGUACAAAAGCUUUUGUCACUUACUUGGUUUGUAGGUGUUAUGUCGUAUUUAUUGUUAUUUGAAUCAUAUUGAUUUACUAAAUUAAUAAAUUAUAUGUCAAAACAAUCGUUACUUUCGCCUUUCACAAUGUGUGGGAGUUGCCAGAUCGCUAAGUGUUGUCAAUCUUCCAUGCGCGGUAUAUUUGAUUUCUUUGUUUUGUUCCGAAAGAUGGCGCC